AUGGGUGCUGGAGAUAGUGUAAUUAAUAGUGGUCUUACUAUUACAUUAGCAGAUCGACCGACGGAUAAUGCUUUCUAUUGGACGGGCGAACGUGUUGAAGGCAUACUUGAGUUUGUGAAUAAUCAUCAUCAUUCGAAUUUAAAACUGAAAGGAGCUUACAUCGAGUUGAUCGGUGAAAUUGCUUAUACAACACAGCAAACAACAACAUGCAUUAAUGGCAUUCAGACGACAACGACUAUGAAUAGCAACAUUUUUCAGUCAAUGCAUACUACCAGUUGCUUGGAACCACUCGCUAUUCCAAAUCAUACCGAUUUCCCAGUCACGACUACUACUGUUCAAACGCAUGAAUUGCCGUUUUUUAAUCAACGACAAAAUUUCUUGUCUUCCAUGGAAGAAAUCAAUAAUGAAAUUAUUCUUCAACAUGGUAUCUACUAUAAAUGGUCAUUUAGUUUUGAUCUCCCAUGCCAUCUUCCACCUUCAUUACCUGCUGACAGUCCAUUAGAACGGUAUGCUCAGUAUUUUCUUUGUGUUACGUUGAAACGAAAUCGUUUGCAUCGAAAUAAUUUUAAAUCUAUUCCAUUAACUGUAUGUCCUCGUCUAAAUGUUCUUCAUUACCCACAUUAUUCACUUGAACUUGAAAAUGAAAAUCGUAAAGAUGUUCAUUUACAUGCAAUUAUUUCUCAAAAUUUUAUUGUACCUGGUACAAAUAUUUCCAUUCAAUACGAUUUGCGAAAUCCUAAACGAUCUAUGACUGAUCGUAUUGAAGUUCGGUUAGUUCAAUAUCGUCAAAUGUCAUCCUGUGGGACAGUACAAAAAGCUAUUGUUGAGAUGGAUGUACCUUACAUAAGAAAACCUCGAGAAGAAUAUUUGGAAGGAACAUUCAACUUGAAAAUUUCUGAUAUAUAUCUACCGCCUACUUGGCCUCAUCCAUCUAGCAGCAGUGAACUGGUUCUAAAUUCCAAUAUUGUUUCGGUAAAAUAUGAAUUGACAAUGACUGUGAAAUUACAUGGAACUAUGCCUAAUUUUUUACUCAUGUUUCCAAUUACGAUGGGUACUCCAAAGUAA